AUGUUAUCUUUAUCAUCCGAUGAUUUUCGUAGAACUCUUAGUUUUUUUUGGCAAGUAAUCGCUGGCUUUUGUAUGAUGAGCAAUAGAACAUGGAUUGAUACUGUGACAAGUUUUGAUGCAUCACGAAUUCUUAGUCCAAGAGCAACUGCCGAAGAAGUUGUUCGAAAUCAAGUUCAAGCAGAUCUCAAUAAUUAUAUUAUUUUGGCUCAAGCAACAUUUGCUCGUAGUUUACUUGCCAUUCGUCGUACAACAAGUGCAAAUCAAAUUAUUUCAGCUUUAGCAACUAAUUUCUAUCUUCAUUAUUUACCAACAGAUUUAGAUUCAUCGGAAUCUCCAAAAAUGUCACCACGUAUAUUUAAUAAUUGUUCCUUUUUGAAUAUUGCAGGCUGUCCACAUCCGGCUACUUUUAAUGAUAAUUACAAUCAUAUAGUUACAAUACCAGGAAUGAUAGAUGAUUGCUUAAUUAUUGAUGGUACACUUUCUUCUACACUAGAAUGCUACUAUAAUCAAACAUGUCUUUCUCUUUUACAUCCAUCAUUGACCAUAAAUGUAGAACCAUUAAUAAACACUAGCAACAAACAUUUUAUGGUAAAUUCGACUAUGCAAAUGCUAUUAGAUAAAAUAAUGAUUGAUGAAAUGAUAAGUGAUAUUCGAUUUGAUUUAUAUUAUUCUCAAUGCAAUCCUGCUUAUUGUUCUUAUUUAUAUAGACAUCGUUUCGAUGUUCUCUUUAUUAUUACUACAAUCAUUGGUAUCUUCGGUGGUCUAUCAUUUGCAUUACGAUUUAUUGCACCUUUUAUUGUAGCAAUAGUAUUACGAUGGAAAAAUAGACGUGUAUUUGAGGAUAAUGUAGAACAUGUAAUGCCUACGCAACAACAUCAAUGUAAGUUAAAACUCCCUUUUUUUCAUCAAAUAUUUUAAAUAUUAUUGCGAAACUUGUAAAUAUUCAGAAAGAAUAAGUCUA